AUGCAGCGGAAGGAACGUGAAGCACAACUUCAGCGGGAGGAGUGUGAAUCACACAAGCUGCAGCGGGAGGAACGCGAAGAGCGUCUGAAGCAUGAGGAACAUGAGACACAGCUGCAGCGGAAGGAAUGUGAACUGCAGCUGGAGGAACGUGAGACACAGCUGCAGCGGGAGGAACGUGUUGCACAAUUGCAGCUGGAGGAACGUGAAGCACAGCUGCAGCUGGAGGAAAGUGAAGCACAACUGCAGCUGGAGGAAAGUGAAGCACAACCGCAGCUGGAGGAACGUGAUAGACAGCUGCAGCUGGAGGAACGUGAGACACAGCUGCAGCGGGAGGAACGUGUAGCACAAUUGCAGCUGGAGGAACCACAGCUCCAGCAGGAGGAACGUGAAACUCAUUGGCAGCAUUUAAAACGUGAAGCACAGCUGCAGCGGGAGGAAAGUGAGACACAGCUGCAGCAGGAGGAACGUGAAGCACAGCUGCAGCGGGAGCUAGAAGGACGUGAAGCAAGGCUGCAGCGGGAGGAACGUGAAGAGCUGUUGCAGCAGGAGGAAUGUGUAGAGCGCCUGGAGCAGGAGGAACGUGGAGCACAACUGAAGCAGGAGGAACAUGAAACACAGCUGCAGCAGGAAGAACGGGAAGUACUGCUGCAGCUGGAGGAACGUGAAGCAAAGCUGCAGCGGGAGAAACAUGAAGCACAGCUGCAGCAGGAAGAACGGGAAGUACUGCUGCAGCUGGAGGAACAUGAAGCAAGGCUGCAGCGGGAGGAACAUAAGACACAGCUGCAACGGGAGGAACGUAAAAGCAAGGCUCUGCAGCAGGAGGAACGUGAAGCACAGCUGCCGCGAGAGGAACGUGAAGAGAGGCUGAAGCGGGAGGAAAAUGAGACCCAGGUGGACCGAGAGGAACGUGAAGCACAGCUGCAGCGGGACGAACGUGAAGCAAGGCUGCAGCUGGAAAGACGUGAAGCAAGGCUGCAGCGGGAGGAACGUGAAGAACUGUUGCAGCAGGAGGAACAUGAGACACAACUGCAGCGGGAGGAACGUGAAGCACAGCUGCAACAGCGUCUGAAGCGGAAGGAACAUCAGGCACAACAACAGCGGGAGGAACGUGAAGCACAGCUGCAGCGGGAAGAACGUGAAGCACAGAAGAAGCAGGAGGAACGUGAACGUGAAGCACAGCGGGAGCGGGAGGAACGUGAAGCAAAGCUGCAACGGGAGGAACGUAAAGCACCGCUGCAACGGGAGACGCGUGAAGCACAGCUGCAGCGGGAGGACCGUGAGACACAGAUGAAGCGGGAGGAACGUGAAGAAUCGCUGCAGCGGGAAGAAUCACAGCUGCAACGGGAGAAACGUGAAGCACAGGUGCAGCAGGAGAAACGUGAAGAACAGCUUCAGGGGGAGGAACGUGACACACAGAUGCAGCGGGAGGAACGUGAAGCAAAGCUGCAGCAUGAGGAACGUGAACUCCAGCGGGAAGAAUGUGAAGCACAUCUGCCGCGGGAGGAACGUGAAGCACAGCUGCAGCGAGAGGAACGUGAACCACAGCUGCAGCAGGAGGAACGAGAGACACAGCUGCCGCGGGAGGAACGUGAAGAGAGGCUGAAGCGGAAGGAACGUGAAGAGAGGUUGAAGCGGGAGGAACGUGAAGCACAGCUGCAGCGGGCAACGCUGCAACGGGAAGAAUGUGAAGCACAGCUGCAGCGGGAGGAACGUGAAGCACAGCUGCAGGACGUGGAACGUGAACGUGGAACACAGCUGCAGUGGGAGGAACGUGAAGCAAGGCUGCAGCAGGAGGAAAAUGAGACACAGCUGCAGCGGAAGGAACGUGAAGCACAACUUCAGUGGGAGGAGUGUGAAUCACACAAGCUGCAGCGGGAGGACCGCGAAGAGCGUCUGCAGCAUGAGGAACAUGAGACACAGCUGCAGCGGAUGGAAUGUGAAGCAUAG